GGCAACUUUUAGAGGUACAGCUACAGAAUGAAGCACUUGUUCUUAAAAGCUUCAUAUCUGCCCACCAGUAAGGACCAGAGUAUCUGCAAACUCCCGAAAGUACCAGAAUCAACCCCUCUUUCCUGCUGUUCAUUUGCCUUGUUAGUGCAAGAUGGCGUGUCUUGGAAGAGAUAAUCUUUCCUUCCUUCAGAUCCUGCAGCAGCGCUGAGUUCGGAUUGGACCAGGCUGCAUCCUGGCACGCACAGACUGCUCAGCCUUGUCGUCGCAAAAUUGGUUAUCACCUGGCUGUCCCCAGAGCCUUGUCUCUCAUGUUCCUGCACACUCGAAAUUUCUUGUUGUUGAAGACUUUCGCUGGUGGAUUCGGAUUCCCACCCCGGCAUAAUGCGCCCUUUCUUCAUUGGCAAUGAGCGCCGACAAGAUAGUGAUACUGAAAGCUCAGUCCCGAGCAUAUGUUACAGUACCUGUAAUGAGGCCGCCGUCGAAGCCCAACAAGUCGGCAAAGAACCUGCUCUCUGCGACCAAGAUUCGACCUUCAGCACUCUGGUGGACCAAUGCACAGAAUGUAUUAAAGAGGGCACGAAAUCGGGAACCGCGUCCAGCGACCUAGUCCCUCCUGAAUUCAACCAAUUCAUCGACUACUGCGCGUCCCAGGGAAACGGCACAGAUCAGAUCAAUGCAGCAGAGGUCAGCACGCUGCUUGUUGCCUAUUCAUCGGCGGUCGCCAGCCAAUCUUCUCUGGAGGCAGCUCUUUCGUCCAAAGGGUAUAAUUUUACUACAACUAGGAUGGAUCUGUCUAGUACGACACCGGAGACGAGACUCACGCUUACGGUCUCUCAGACUGCCACGGGUAGUCCUGAUGGCACGGACGGUCCGGAUACGAAUUCCCCGAACACAAAAGUCAUUGUUCCUGCUGUUGUCGUGCCCGUUAUAUUCUGCCUCGCCGCUGCGGCUGUUAUUUGGGCAUUGAUGCGACGGCGGAGACGACGGAUGCAGCAAAAUAAAGGAGAUACUGAUGUAUUUGACGGCAAAGCGCAACUCCAUGCCGACGAGUUCAGGCCAGAACUUGAGGCUGAAGCCAUGACCACAGCAAAGGAGAAAUCGACUGAUCCAGACAGGAACAGUGUCGUGGCGGAGUUGCCUGCGCGAGAGCUUGUUGGGAGUGAGAUGGAUGCUACGAGCCAGACAGCCGACAGGCGAGCAUCGAGUUGAUUUUAUUAGAAAGAGUUGAUUCUGCUAUAUACCCGGGGUGGAUGAUAUUCUGGAGUUUCUGCAUUGGCAUCGGAUUUCAGAGACCAUUAUUUUCAUUUACUGAAUGAUCCAGGG